GUGGUUUGGUCGAUCUUACAAUCAUCUCUCUUGCGAUUAAAUGGCAGUGAGGAGGCUGGUGUGGAGAUACUUUGGUUCGGAUUAACAGACACACACUGAGAAGCCAUGAGUGCCGGACGAUAAACUGCAGGACCUGAGAGGUAGAGAUGCAGUACACUUCGUGCACAGAGGACAGGAUCCAGCAUGCUCUGGACAGGUGUCUAGAUGGUCUCAGGCAAAGUCCUACAGCGGCACACUACGGGAAAGUGCUGAAGUGCUCGGCAGGCCAGUCGAUGAACCGCUGGAGUCUGGAGGAGCUGGUGAAGAGGGACCCAGAAAAUGCCCUCAUCCUCCUGCAGCAGAUCAUCAGAAAGAGCAGAGAGGUCAUCAAGAAUUGCCAGUAUGAGCUGGUGACCCCCCUUGCAAUCAUGUUCUCCUCGACUCUGCUUCAGACACCUUACUGUCCUCCAGACACCAAGUUGCUGGAGGAAAGUGUGGAAGUGUUUCGCUGUUUCCUGACCUGGCCUGAGCCUUACUGUGGUGUGUGUAGGAACCUCCUCUCCAUGCUACAGCAGGAGAUCAAGGCCCCAGGGCUAGCCUUUCAUCGACUGGUGAGAGAGGAACAGGGUCUAAAUACAUCCAGCCAGCACUCCAAGGCCAUGAUGGUGCUGCUGAUGAACCCAGGAGAGGUUCCCAGUGAGCUUCUGUCUGUGGCCAAGCAGCUAAGUUGCAUCCAGCACUCGCAGAGAGAGACCUUCAUCACCCUGAUCAAACAUGCCUACCAGUCCACCCUGGGUACCAAGUACCCUCUGCACAGCAUCCACAAGGCCCUGCAGGUUAAAGGUGUGAAUGAGGUGGAGGAGAUCUUCUCCAUGGUGAAUGAUGUCUUAGAGAUGGCUGCCACGAUGGACGAUCCCCAAAAGGGGCGUGAUCAUGUGAUCCAGAGUCUGGAGAGUCUGAGGGAGAGAAUGGACAUCCCCCCAUCCAAUGGGAGGAAGUCUGAUGGAAUGUUGCAGACCCUACCAGUACCCACAGCCAAGUGUUAUAUGUUUCACUGGGACAAGGAUAACUUUGAUGUUUUGAAUACCCUUUUGGAGAAUGAGCAUAAUCUGACGGACCUCCGGCACAUCCAUGGGCAGGCCGAUGAGGAAGAAGAGGAUGACACUGACGCAGAUGAGGAGGAUGGGACAGGGAUUGACCUGGAAGAAGUGGAGGAAGAGGAUGGAGUAGGGUUGCCCUCGAUGUGUAUCUUCUCCAACGGUUACAGCAAUAACCACCGUGCCUCUACCUUUUCCACCCUCUCCUCGCUCUCCACUGCCUCCAAGGACUCCAUGUUCUCCACACUGUCCAUCGCCUCAGAGUCCUACGCUCCCUCGCUCUUCUCGGUCACCUCUGGUACCGACAGUGACUUCUAUGAAGAACCCGAAGAUUCCUACAUCAACUCCACCUCCUGUUCCCCUCCUGUUUCAGAAAAAUCCUCCCCAAAGUCAAACAAGGCCUCGGCUCGGCUAAGUCAACACUUCUACCGGCUCUUCAUCAAGCCCAAACUUUACCGGGCCAAGAGCCUGGGCAACCCAGAGUCUAAGGACCUGCUAAUGGUACGGUCCAAGCGCUCCAACUCUCUGCCACAGCAGGUCCAUUUACGUAGCCCAGAAUCUCAACCCCAACUAAACACCCAGACCCUGAGACAUGUCUGCUAUCGUAGACGGCCCAUUCUGAGCAGUGAUGAGGACUGUAAGAACACCACGCUAAGGGUGGUGGUCUUUGGAGCGGACCAUGUGGCCGGAAAAGUUGCGAGGGCCUACAGUAGCCUUCAGAUGAAAGAGAGUGCAUGUCCACAUCUCAGCAAGACCUUUAAGCUUCAGUUCUAUUUCGUACCUGUGAAGAGGGACUCCACAGCAGGGCCCAUGUGCCGGCGGUCAACUAGUCCCGAUCUUAACCUCCUGGGCACAGAGGACAGUUCAAACAACAUUGCCCAUCUCCUCGGUAUGUUGGACCCCUGGUAUGAAAGAAACAUAGUCAGCCUACUCAGCCUGCCUGCCAACAUCGUCUGCCAGCAAACCUCUAAGACAGAGUCAGAGUCAUAUGAUAGUUCAUAUGAGCAACGUCUACCCAUCCUGGCUGACCUGGUGCUGUAUUACUCUCGUCAUGCUUCCCGGCCGGCGCUGAUCCAGCUCUACCAGGCUGAGUUGACAUUAGCUGGAGGAGAGAGGAUAACAGAGGUGUUCAUCCACUCACUAGAGCUCGGCCACACCGCAGGAACACGUGCCGUUAAGGCCAUGGGUGCCGCCAGCAAGAGAUUUGGCAUCGACGGCGACCGAGAAGCAUUGCCUCUAAUGCUGGAGGUGGUUUACAACAGGGUGGUGAUUAGUGGGAGAAGUCAACAGAGAAGAGAAACCAAACUCUGCACUUCAGUCAACUUGGCCAAAGCAUGCAAGAGUCAUGAGGAGAUAGAUUCAAAGAUGGAGUGCCUCCUGCUGACCAUGACCGAGGUGCUAAAGAGACAGAACUGUAAAACAAAGAAGGGCUUCAACCAGCAGCUGAGUGUGACCGAAGUGAAGGUGGACAAGGUGCAGGUCAGUGGUACUGGCAACACAACCUUCGCUGUGUGUCUCGACCAAGACGAAAAGAAGAUCCUGCAGAGUGUCACCAGGUGUGAGAUAUCAGUGUGCUACAAACCUGAUAACUGUACUGGCUGGAGCCAAGGCAAAAUCCUCUCCUCGCAAUCUCAGUCUCUCCACUCCACCUUCUGCUCCCUCCUCUGUCUGCCCAUUGUCACAUUCAGCGGGGCACUGCCCUAAAACACUUGCCUCGCCCCUGGAUGGUUUGAUAUCAGUCUUUGCUAUGCACAUAAAAAAUGCGUUUACAUCUGAGGGGAUGUUCCCAUCUUCCUGUACUUCCUGGUUUCUUAUAUCAUGGGUCCCGGCCCAAAGAUGGACUUUGGGUUUAUUUGGUUGCCAUAUGAUACUGUAAAAGCAAUAUGUUUUCAAAGUUCUUCGGUCCUAAAAUGAAACUGAGUGUAGUUGAUUACAGGAUCCAGGAUAUGUGCAAAGGUUUAAGAACUGUGGCACUACAGUACUCUGCUCUGGACUGGUUAUAUACAAAUCAUACUCUCCGAUUUCCAACAUGGAAACUUGACAUUUGUUGUCAUACCACUAAUACACUGGGGUUUAUAUUGGAUUAAGGGAUUUGGGUCAAUGAGACGACGUCUGAAAAUUAAUGAGUAAAUUAUGUAAUUAUAUUGUUUAUAAUAUAUUGUAACCUGUGACCUUUUGUAAAGAAACAGAUUUGCAUUGUAAUAUUUUUUACUAGGUGCUGCCCUUUACUGCUAAAUCAGUGGGACGCCUCAGAAUCCAACCGAUGUUUAUUGAGUAAUACUGUUGACCACUAGGGGGCACUGUAGACAUUCCCUUCGUUUGCUAACCGUCACUGUGCAGUCUUUAAUUACCUGCUGAUUUUACCCAUAAUACAUGUAGAUAAUCUUGUAACCAAUAUUUCAUCGGAGUAAUAUAUGGAAAACAUAUUUUUUCAUUAUAAUGCAAAAGCAUCAGAUGCCUAUAGUCAGAUUAUUGUCAACAAGACCUUGGUAAAUGGAAAACUUAAUCCGAAUAUUUAAACGAUUUAUAUUUUACUGAAUAAAUGCAAGUUAAAACGGACUGGUUGUCAGACUAGGAGGAAACCACUAGUUUUGAAGGUUUUGUUCGAUUCAAGCAGUUGAUGGGACAUUUGGAAACCGUAUUAAUGUCAAAAUGUCACGGUACUUUUUUUAAAUCUUUUUUUAUAACCAACAGGCACCAUUUGCCCUCUCCGUGUCGUGUCACUUGUGUAGCAAAUGCUCUGUAAAUACGUUACGUCCAAUUUGUGCAAUGCAUACUUUGUAAAAAAAAAAAAAAAAAAGAAAAGAAAAGAAAAAAGAAAGAAAGAAAGAAAGAAAGAAAGAAA